UUCAGUAGAGUAAGGUCCCAAUGCCCUAUAAAUCCCCAAGUGGGCCUGGUGAGCUGGGGCCAACUUGUGCUGGAAACUUCAGCACAUCCAUCUGAGGCUUUUCAGGGGAAAGAUACCUGGUUGCGGCAGGUUGGAGGAUUCCCAGCCCAGAGGAGAUUGGGGUUAGGAGCUAAGUGUCAGAGGUGCUGUGGCGGAAAGUCCUGUGGUUGCUGGCCCCCUGGCUGCAGGCCCUGCCCGGAUGAGGCCCCAACGCCUCCUCUUGUCUGCGGCACUGUUCUUGGCCCAGACUGUGCCUCAGGAAGCCUCCCAGCACUGUGGCCGCCUGGAGUACUGGAACCCCGACAACCUGUGCUGUGGCAGCUGUCUGCAGCGCUUCGGUCCGCCCCCAUGCCCCGACUACGAGUUUUCGGAAAACUGCGGGCUCAAUGACUUUGGUGAUCACGUAACGCACCCCUUCAAAAAGUGUCCUCAUGGACAGUGCAACCCUGACAACGCAGAGCUAUGUAGUCCCUGUGGCAGCAGAGCCAGGGUCCCCACUCCCGGGGCAACCCAGCGGCAGCACCGGCGGCGCUGCAGAGAGAAGCCGGCUCCUACCAAAGAACCCUGUCCCCUGAAGCCUGAAACACCCAGCGUCCUGAGCUCCCAAGAAUCCAGCUCACUGACAGUUUCCAGCCCACCACGGACAUCUGAGCACACUGCCCCUUGGCAGGCCUUGCUAACUAUUGCCCUGCCCCUAGUGCUGGUUCUGCUUGUGACCUCAGCCAUCAUCCUCUGGCUUGCUCAGCAAAGGCAUAGCUCCCACCACCACGGGAAAGCUGUCCACCCUUAUUCUGGUAUUGCUCGCGGUGAUCCCAACAUCUCUCCAGGUUCUCUGGAGGCACCAGAGGCAGAGCUGCCAAAUCUCACAUCACAGCCCCUGUCUCGCCUCCUGGAUGAGCUGGAGGUGCUGGAGGAGCUGAUUGUACUGCUGGACCCUGAGCCUGGGCCAGGUGGGUCAUUGGCCUGUGGUACCACUCGACACCUGGCUGCAAGAUAUGGACUGCCUGCUGCCUGGUCCACAUUUGCUUACUCACUGAGACCCAGUCGCUCACCUCUGCGAGCACUGAUUGAGAUGGUGGUAGCAAGGGAGCCCUCUGCUUCUCUGGGCCAGCUUCACAUACACCUGGCCCAACUAGGGCGGGCAGAUGCACUACAGGUGUUGUCCAAGCUUGGCUGAUCUGAGGCACACCAGGCCUAGCACUCCAUCAGGAUUCCCUUGAAGUGCCUGUGGGUGGGGGGAAGUUGACCCUUGGGUGGAUGACCCUUAUUCCCUUGAAGAGCCUAUUCCCUACCAGACUCAUUAAAGGUGCCCUCUCAAAACACAGUCCUAUUUGGGACAAGAUGUCCUCAUUCCCCAACCCCCUCAGAAAAGGGCCCAUUUACCCUACACAUAAGACCAGAUGUGGGAAAGCUGGCCUCAGGUGCCUCUGGGGAACCAGGGUCCCCUCUUGAAAAAUACUCCUGCUACCCUUGAGAGAGCUCAUCCACAGGAAGCCAGCUGGGUUCUACCUAGUAAUAUGUAGAAUAUUUGUUGCUCUGAAGCCUCGACAGGUCCAACAACUUAUUUCUAAUCCCGAACAGUGGCUUCUUACCUACUUGUUGAAGCUGAUGGUUUCCUUGGCUCAAAAUGGGUAUGGGGCACAGAGAAAUGGGAGCUCCUACCUGCCCCCAGCAUCAUACAAACUGGAAGGCCACCUCUCCAAACAUUGACA